CAACUGGCACAUCCAUCUGGCAGCGGCUCCUAGGCGGGGGCCCCAGAGGUCUCCACACGCAGCCCCAGCCUGCAGGUACCGCCCCCAUAGCUCCCAUUGGCCACAGUUCCCAGUCAAUGGGAGCUACGGAGACGGUGCUUGGGCUGGAGGCAGCAUAUGGAAACCCCCUUUCCCCCAACCCUGAGGCUGCAGGGAUGUGCUGGCUGCUUCCAGGAGUGGCACAGACCCAGGGUCCCCAUGCCAGGGAACGUGGAGGCGGCGCUGGGAAAGGGAGGGAGAGGAGUUGAUUAGGGGGACCCACGAACCCCCUGGAAUACCCCUGCAGACCCCAGUUUGAGAAAUGCUGUGUUAGGAGAAAGACUAAUCCUAAAAUCCAUACAGGGAGGACAGGAGCUUAGUUUUAAAUGGUCUCAGCUGAAAGAUCCAUACUCAGAGAUGCCAGAUCUCAAGCCAUGUAGAUCAUAACAACAAAGGAUCUGGAUAAAGUCUGCUGGCUUUUGACCCUGUAGUGUUGAUACAGGCUCUUUCAAAGCUAAUUCUCAUACACCUCCACCCCACUCUCCAUCAUAUAAAUAUGCUACUUUUGAUCAGGAAAAGUCUAGAUGAAAAAGAAAUCGCAGGAGUGGGAGGCAGAAUAUUUCCACUGCUGAGGGUUUCAUCUCAGUCACUACACAGGCCCCUGGUAAAGAUUCAUUAGGUACCCAACCGCAUUAAUUUCACCUCCAGCAUUUUAUUUAAAAGUAUAUUUUACACAUAAAAAGAAUCAUGUGAGAGAAAGUAGGAGGCCUUGCCGUAGUCUGAAUAGAUCCCACUCUUACGCUUUCAGAAGCAAAUAUUGUUAGUAGAAGUUUACAGUUGAAGCCACCCUGCUGCCUCUUCCAGCCAAUUAAACACCCACUUGUGCUAACCCUCCUAGGUAAGCAACAACUGUAUCAUUACUUUUAUUCAUAUACAUACAGCACCAUGCACAUUACCUUUGAAUAGGUCCAUAUUAACGCCCCAGAGACUAACAUUUAUAAUUAUGCAUUAUGAAUUUUGAAUGAAAAUCAUGAAGUUCAAAGCCCUUCAGCAUUAAUAAAAGGUCUCAAAACACCCCUCUGAUGGUGGUAUUAUAUAAUAGUUGAUGUGGAGAAACUGAGGCACAUAGGUUAAAUAAUUUGCACAAGCUGUUUUAAUGCACUAAAAGUGAGGAGCAGAAUCAAACUCCCAUCUUCCACUCUCAAGCUAAAACUAUUAGCCUAGACAAUGCUUCCUCCCCUAUUUAAAAAACCCACAACAUUUUAAGUACUCGCAGCCAUGGAAGUGAAAAGGUUACACCUGUAGCUCCCCAGCGAAUACACUGGGGCCAAUAAGGCCAACCACCCUUUUUGCAGGCAGGUACACAGCCUUAGGUUUAAAAAAAGUAACAGUUUAUAUGAUCAGUUUCCCCACAUACUAAGUAAACGUGUAAGAAAAGUAAAUAUAGUUUGUCAGAUAGACCGACCUUGAACUAGGUGACUUUAGUAGACAUUAACUUAUUACAUUUCUCCUGGUCUCCAAGACGAACUUUGUCCCUGUGACAACGGGCAGCUGAUGCAAGGAUAGGGAAUUGAGCCUAUAAAAGUCUAGCUGAAAGGUUUGGAAAAUUCAUUCAGGAGUCCACCACCUUCCACGAAUGCUACUAGCAAUUGGCAGCCUAUCCAAAGAAGAUGCAGUGUUUGAAAGUUAUAGCUGUCUUACUACUUUGUGCAGCCCUACUGAGCCAGAUACACUGUGCUUCCUUGCAUCAUCCAAGCUCUCAGCUAACAAGGCAAAGGAGGAUGACACCUUUCUGGAGAGGGAUUUCCCUCAGACCCAUAGGAGCCAAAUGCAGGGAUGAUAGUGAAUGCGUCUCUAUGCUAUGCAGGAAGACUCGCUGUUCCCUAAGAAUUUCCCGUGAGUGAGCUGUCACUAAGGAGAAGAAAAUAUUGUUACCUCUUACAACGUUCAACCUUAUAUAUAAAAUAUUUAUUAACUAUUCUUAAGUUAGGACACUGAGUUAUGCAAUAGCAUAUAUUUAAUAUUUUUCAGACAAACGUGAUAUAUGAAAUGAUGUAGGGCAUUUCAUGAAAGUUGAAAGCAUGCACUGGUCUAGACUGCACCUUCUGAUGACAAGCUCAAUAAAAGACCUUGCAUCUUAGUAGUUUUUUUUUUUUUUUUAAAUUGUUCACAUUUUAUGUUUUUCUAUAUGAUAAACAAAUUUGUAUUUA